AUGCGCAGUUGCUGUCCACUUCAAAUGAUUAUGGGUACAUUAGAUCAUAGCUUAAAUCUUUAUCCUUCUUCCACCUCCACGCUCAUUUUCUAUACGGAUGUUGAUUGGGGUAGUAGAUUUUCGAAUACUCGCCGCUCUACAUCUGGCUACUGUGUGUUUCUUGGGGAUAAUUUAUUAUUGUCCUGGUCGGCUAAGCGCCAACCCGCUCUCUCCCGGUCCAGUGCUGAGGCUGAGUAUCGCGGGUUAGCUAAUGUGGUUUCUGAGUCUUGUUGGUUAUGUAGUCUUUUACUUGAGCUUCAUUGUCCUAUCAUCAAGGCUACUUUGGUCUAUUGUGAUAAUGUUAGUGUGAUUUAUUUGUCUGGGAAUCCUGUUUAA